AUGUCAGGGAGAGGGAGCGCCGCCGGGGCCAUGGAAGAAGGGCAGGCAGGGUAUCAGAGCUCGGAAGAUGGAAGCCCUGCUGGCAGUGGCAGUGGCAGUGGCAGCAACAGAUGCAACGACGACAUGAUCUCCGUGCAGUUCAUGCAGAAGAUUUUCGCGGAGGUGCUGGGGACCUACUUCAUGAUCUUCGCGGGCUGCGGCUCCGUGGUGGUGAACCUGAGCACCAACGGCACGGUGACGUUCCCGGGCAUCUGCGCCGUGUGGGGCCUGGUCGUCAUGGUGCUGGUCUACUCCGUCGGCCACAUCUCCGGCGCGCACUUCAACCCCGCCGUCACCGUCGCCUUCGCCACGUGUGGACGCUUCCCCUGGAAGCAGGUGCCGUCGUACGCGGUGGCCCAGGUGCUGGGGUCCACGCUGGCCAGCCUGACGCUGCGCGUGGUGUUCGGCGGCGCCACGGCGCACGACCACUUCUUCGGGACGGCGCCGUCGGGGACGGACGCGCAGGCGGUGGUGCUCGAGUUCGUCAUCUCCUUCUACCUCAUGUUCGUCGUCUCCGGCGUCGCCACCGACAACAGAGCGAUCGGUGAACUCGCUGGGCUCGCCGUCGGCGCCACCGUCCUGCUCAACGUGCUCUUCGCCGGGCCCAUCACAGGGGCAUCGAUGAACCCGGCGCGGACCUUGGGCCCGGCGAUCGUGGCAGGCCGGUACAGAAGCAUCUGGGUCUACAUGGUUGGGCCGCUGUGCGGGACGGUGACGGGCGCGUGGGCCUACAACCUGGUCCGCUUCACCGACAAGCCCCUGCGCGAGAUCACCAAGAGCGGCUCAUUCCUCAGGGCCGUGGGCCGCACCAGCUAA